AAAAAGUGAGGUUAUGUCGUAUGUUCAUUAACCUAUAAAAAUGUGAAUUUCUAUAUUUUAACUAAAUUACAACUCAAUAUAAAAUUUUUUAAACGAUAUUUAAUCAUGUUUCGUACAAGACAAUUAAGAAUGUUAUUAUUUUAUAUAAAACAGUCGAAAAAUGAUCAAUUUAAUAAUCAACCGUCCUUCAACAUGAAGGGUUUUCAUACGAAUUCGAUGCGUUUUACAGAAAAUAAAGAAAAAUCAGGGGCGGGGAAAGAAGUUACUGAGAAAUUGAGUUUUGAAACUGCAAAGGAAAAAACAAAAAACUCUUAUUUAGAUAUGAUUCGUAUUUAUGUAAAUAGAGAUGUUCAUAGAAGAGGGCAUGUUGAAUUUAUUUACUCAGCAUUAAAAAAUAUGGAGCAAUAUGGUGUGCAUAAAGAUCUGGAAGUAUACAAGGCGAUUGUUGAUGUUUUACCUAAAGGAAAAUUUAUACCCCAAAAUAUAUUUCAAGCAGAGUUUAUGCAUUAUCCAAAACAACAACAAUGUGUUGUUGAUUUGUUAGAGCAAAUGGAAGAUAAUGGAGUCUUACCUGACGUGGAAAUGGAGUCCAUGCUUCUAAACAUCUUUGGAAAAAGAGGUAUUCCAUUAAGAAAAUAUUGGAGAAUGAUGUAUUGGAUGCCAAAAUUUAAAAAUCUGUCUCCUUGGCCUGUACCAAAUCCCCCACCUAAUGAUGCUUUUGAACUAGCACAAUUAGCAAUAGCUAGAAUAAGUAGUGUUGAUGUUCAAACAAAAUUAACAAUAUAUCAAAGUUCAGAUAUUGCUGAUUCAAUUGAGGAUACAUGGAUAGUAAGUGCUCAAAGCCCUAUCCAACAAGAUCUUUUAAGACAACACAAUGUAAAAGAACCCAUUUAUGUUGAAGGACCUUAUAGAGUCUGGUUAAGGACGAAAUCAGUUAAUUAUUUUAUGUUAAGAGCAAACCCAAAAAUUUUUCCUGAAGAAACUGAAGAUCUUUCUGAUGAUGUAAGUAAAAUCGAUGUAAGCUUCUUCAACUUUACUCCUCCAAAAAUGAAAAGCCUCGCGAAUAUUCCCAGCAUACACGAACAAAACGACGCCACAAUUUUUGCGUUAUGCGCGACGGGAACGUCAAGUAAGGAUUCUUUGUUAUCUUGGAUUCGACAUUUGGAAAAGGAUGGAAAUUCCGUAUUAAGUACUUUAUCUGUAGUUUUUACUUUGAAGUCGUCUGGAAAGGAACUCACUGUCGAAUCUGCUGGUUUAAAUCCGGAAAUUGAUGAGCGAUAAUAAAUUGAAAUUGUUGAUUUUGUUGUCAAUAAAAAAAAAGUAUUUCUUCUUUAGA